AUGUCUGCUUUUAGAAACGCAGAGCAGCAACUGCACGCGGCCCAGCGGCAGGAGACACAGCUAAGUGAGAUGCUGCGAGCCGCACAGCAGCGCACGGUGUACCGCACACGUGAAUUUGCAGCGGCCGAGGCGCGGCUGCGUGAGGCGACGGAGCAGCUGGCUGCAACGCAAUCUUUGUGUCAUUACUUAGCGAGCCAAAUAGCCCUGCAUGCGAAGUGUCAGCGCAGCGCGCUUCUGCUGACCCCCUCCUCGACUUCAAAUGGGACUCCUCCACCUUCGCGUACUUCGUCUGCUUCUGAUGUUGAGGGGAAUCGACACGAGGCACAGUUGCCGUCGUCGCGGGAACAGCAACAGCAGCAGCAGCAGCAGCAGCUGUGUUGGAUGGACCCUUACAGUGUUCUGCAUGUGCCUUCCGGCAAAGUCUUUAGCUACGACCUGGUCACCGCGUUCGGCGCAGACGCCCUCGACGACCCUCCUGAAAACGAGGGAAUCAGAGAAGGUGAGGGGUGCGAGGACAGAAGAGCGGACGACAGCGUGCUGUGCGACGAGGACGGCGUAUUCGAUGGCGUCCGCACACGUGCGAGCCUCGUGUCUCUCCUCAAAGAUGUUGUGCACGACGCCCUUCAGGGAUUUCACUACACGCUGCUCGAGACACGCACAAGUUCCACUGCUGUCUACAGCGAUACGUUGUUCACCUCAACCUCGUCUAAGCGGUCAGCAGAGGGCGAAGAUAGCUGCGAGCAGCAAACACACGUCGACACGGGUCGACUGCCAAGCCAGCAGUCGGUCACGACGGGCCAGCUGACGCAUCGCCUCUUGGAGCUGCUGCAGACGGAAGCGGUGCAGUGCGGCACCCAACGCCUCAGCGUGUCCUUUGCCGUCGGCCGCGUUGCAAAGUCGUCCGUGGCUGCCGCGGCGCACAUCGAGGACCUUUUGCGCCCUCUUGUGGACCAGCAGAACGCCCCUUCGCGAGGAGGGCUGCGGCGUAGUGGGGGUGCGGCGAGGCAAACAGUCAGUACGGUGUUGAUGGAUGCUGUGAUGUGCGAGGCGGAGGACGACGGCGAGCGAUGCCCACGCGGCGCUUCGCCGUGGAGGAGAGGGACUGUCUCGCAUGGCACGGCACGGCGAAGCUCUUCGCGAGCGCGGUUUUCGCCCAUCAACGCGAACAUCACUCAGCAGCACGCUACGGCAGCCUCGAAGCCGCUGCCCGCCCCUUUCUCCUGUACGACGGCGGCGACGACAACCCUGACCGGCGUGCAGGUGCGCUCCCUCGCCGAGGUCGAUGACUGGCUAGAAAGGGUGGGGCUACCGCCCUUCAAAACGGAUGAUUCCGUAGGCGCAUGGUCAAGUGCUCCGUGCAUCGUGUUAGUCGGCGUCGACUCGCAGGACGCAGCGGGCAAGGUGCAUAAGUCGCUGCUGCGUAUCGUAAGCGACGCUGCAUUUACGGCUAGCCUGCCCGCCACUGAACUCGCUCGCGGCGCCCCUGCUAAGGGAGACACGGCGAGUAAGAGAGGUGCCUCCGACAACGCGCUCCACCACACCUCUCCGCCACAGGCACUGACGUCGCUAUUUGGAUGCUUUAUGCUCCACGCCGUAGCAGCGGUGCUGCGGGCCGCAUACAAGCCACAAGGGCUCACAAACACGUCUGAAGAUGCACCGGCGCUGCUGUCGUUCGCGGCCCUACACGAGGGAGACGGCGGCGACGACGAAGCGCCCGACCUGGAGAGCUUCGUGGAGCAGCUGCUCGCCCAACCACAUUCCAGUCCGUCCGCAACCGAGAUACGCGCCGCCGUGCUGUCCAUCGUGAACUGCCCUGACGAAGUAGGAAAUCACUGUGCGACGGCCGCCGCCGCGGCUGCUGUGGAGGGGCGAACCACACAGGACAUUAGUGCUGAGUGGAGACUGUGGGCUGCGCUGCUCCGACCAGUUUUUGGCGGCAACAGCAAGGCGUUGUGGCUGCACACCGCCCGCAGCGCAGCGGACGCGUCGUCGACGGACGGGCUUUACAAGACGGGUGAACGAGGAGUUCCAUUUCGUCCCGACAAGGGAAGGAGGCGAAGCGAGGCGGCGCCCUUCUCGGCGGAUGCGGCGUUGGGGCUGUGCGCGUUGUUUUGUCGGCUUGUCCGCCACGCUGCGGUGCCGAGUGCGGUGUCCGCCGAUCUCGAUCGGCUGCUGCGUGAGGGGCGACUGUAG